AUGGGAGAAGCAAGCUCGGAUGAUCUUUGCCAUUGUCAAGGGUGUCUUGGCAAGUACACCCUACUCAGAGAUGAAGAGAACCCGCAGCUGGCAAGGUUUGAGAGACGGCUUCCUUGCUUUGGUUGCGGAAUAGGAUGGUCCUCAUUUCUUUUAGGUUUCUUGUGUCCAUUGCUUUGGUACUAUGCAACGACCCUUUACUGCUGCAAGUACUACAAUAGGGAUCCCCGAGAGCGCCCGGGUCUUGCUGCCUCUGCUAUUGCGGCGGCCAUCUUCACUACUGCGGCAACUAUUACCCUCUCCAUCAUUCUGAUAAUCUGGGCACAAAAGUGA